AUGGCCAGCCAAACGGAUAGGCUCCUGAAAGUGCUACUUGCAUUGGCAGCUCUCACAGCGGUUGUCUUUGCCCAAAAUCCAGAACACGAGGCUCGGUGUGCUCAGGCUUCGUAUUCAUUUUUCGAAGACAGAACCGACUGUGGGCAGUUUGUGUUUUGCCAGGAUGGCACCCCGGAAGAGUUUGAGUGUAUGACCGACGAAAUUUGGUCCCAAACGGAGGCUUCCUGUGUGCUAGGGAAUCGUACCACUUGUGAACUGUGGGAUCCUAAGGAUUCAUGCGUGGACUUGCCGGAUGGGCCGUUAAUAUAUCCGAGAAACUGCAGACAGUUCAUCAAUUGUACCGCCCAGCAGGCUGAAGUAAUCGCAUGCCUGCCAGGAUUUAUUUAUGUUGAAAACGCAACCGAUUGUGAAGUGGGCGAUACGGUUUUGUGUCAAUCCCUGGUUUCGCGGUGCGCAGAAAGCGGUACCAGAGAGCUUUUUUCGCAUCCGAAUCUUUGUAACGCUUUCAUUUGGUGUAACGAGACCGAAGCCAAUUUGGAUUUUUGUCCGGUAAAUCACAUAUUCGAGGUGAAUAUUCAAUUUUGUGUGCCAGGAGAUGCGGAAAAGUGUGUUAUUACUCCGGUGGACGAAAUUUGCGAUGAGCUUCCGACUGGUGUCUUUCCAUAUCCGGACGAUUGCACCAAGUUUGUACAGUGUAAGGAUGGUGAGACCGUGGUGGUUGAUUGCCAGCCAGCGGAAGUUUUCAAUCCUCGUAUUUCCGAAUGUGCACCGGGGGAUGCUGAAACCUGUGUUUUGUUCGACGAAGUUUGUGCGAACCAGCGAGAUGGAACUUUAGUAGGACAUCCGAAUCACUGUGCCGCCUAUAUUACAUGCAUAAAUGAAACGGCCGAAGUACAUUUUUGUCCAAUUAAUAAAAUUUUCCGUGCUGACAUGCAGUUUUGCGUGCCAGGAAAUAAUGAAACCUGUGUGUUCACCCCGCUCGAGCAAAUGUGCGUGGAUAUACCAUUUGGAACGAUCUACCCCCAUCCGGAUGAUUGUACGCAAUAUGUAAGAUGUGAAAAUAAUGCGGCCAACAACGUGUCAUGUCCUGCCAAUCACAUUAUAGAACCUCGCACAAUCCAAUGUGUACCUGGAGACACAGAGACUUGCCUAUUUUUGGAUGCAUUAUGUGAGGGAAUAAAUGAUGGUAAACUUGCAAUUCCCAAUGAAUGUGGUAUGUACAUAUCAUGCCAGCAAGAGGUAGCGACUAUUCUCGAAUGUCCACUUGGAGAAAUGUUCGAUGCCUCCCAGCUACGUUGCGUUCCUGGCGAUGAGGAAGAGUGUAUUCCGAUUAUUUGUGUUGCAGGCGAAAAUAACAUGUUGGUUCACCCAAACCAUUGCAACAUGUUUAGUCUUUGUGAUAACGGGCAUCUGUCCCUUCAUCUGUGCCCCGUUUAUCAUAUCUUCCAUUCGGCACUGAAGGUUUGUUCCCCGGGAGAUCUCAUAAGCUGUACGCUCUCUCCGCUUGAUCAAAUGUGCGUCGGACGUUUUGAUGACAGUCGCUUUCCUUAUCCUGCCGAAGGAAAUUGCCUCCAGUACGUAGUGUGUAAGAGCGGACAAUCAAACGUGGAAAGCUGUCCGGCCGAGACUGUAUUGCGGCCAUCGCUAUUGGAUUGCUUUCCCGGUCAUACCGAUACCUGCGAACUACUCGAUAUCACUUGUGAUCCAAACAACGAGCAAAUUUUACCGCACCCAACGAGAUGUGACUUGAAAAUCCUUUGCGUUGCCGGGUUCCCGACCGUGCAAGCAUGCCCGGAAGGACAAAUUGUAGAUCCUAUUACGAUGAAUUGUGUUCCCGGAGAGGUCAUUGACUGUUUCUGUAGAGGUAAGGAAAAUGGCUUAUAUGAGCAUCCCAUGGACUGUGACCGGUAUGUACGCUGCGUAGACUCGACAGUAGAACAAAAUUCCUGCCCGCCGGGUGAAAUUUUCCGUGCAGAUAUGCUGCUUUGUGUACCGGGAGACUCCCUCAGUUGUGAGCGUACGCAGUUGACAGAUAUGUGCCAGGGUCGUCCGAAUGACCAACGUUAUCCACAUCCGGAGGAGUGUGAUAAAUACGUAAUUUGUACGGAUAACCUGCCAACGGUCAAUGAAUGCGUUCGCGGAAAUGUCAUACAACCUGGUACAGGUGCUUGUGCCGCAGGAAACGCUGAAACGUGCGGGUUGUACGACGAUCUCUGUGAGGAGCGGAACAUUCAACAUCCGGGAUUUUGCGAUGUAUAUAUUGACUGUCAGUCCGAAACAACUGUGGCGAUACCUUGUUCACGAGGUGCAAUAUGGGACCAAGAUAACACACGUUGUUCGCCAGGUACUGUUGAUCCUUGCGAACUGUUGACUGUAUGCUCAGAAGAAGAUAAAGAAGAGGGUGCCGCUCGCCCGCAUCCUAUUUGUGAUAUUUUCGUUCGUUGCGGAACGGAAGGGGAUACGAUCGUGGAAUGUCCAAGUGGGGAGAUAUUUGAUGAAACAGCAGCAGGGUGUGCUCCCGGUGAUAGUGAAACCUGUGAGCUGCAUCCCGAGGUAAACAUUUGCGCAGAAGUUCCCGAUGACACGCUUCUACCCAAUCCAGAUGUUUGCGACUCAUAUUAUCGCUGUGAAGCAGGUGAUCCACUGCCUGUAUUGUGUCCACCGGGAAAUAUUUUCGUUGAAAAUGGAUGCGCCCCCGGUGACAGGGUAGGUUGCGAGAACUACAUUGGCCGAUGCAGUGAGGAGGCGGAUGGAAUUUUGGCCUUUCCGAUUGAAACGGAGUGUCAGCUCUUCUUGGCCUGUUCGAAUGGUGUAACUUCAGUCGGUUAUUGCCCGGACGAGGAAAUUAUGAUUGCCGAAGAGCAACUAUGUGCUCCGGGAGACGUGGAAAGUUGUGAAAUAGAUGAGGAGAGAGCUGGCUUCUGUAGUGGUUUAGGUGACGGCAGGCAUGCUCAUCCCCAGCUUUGCUAUCUGUACGUUCAAUGCACUGAUGGAUCUUCACAAGUUCAAGCAUGUGCAGCGAAUGAAAUUUUCAGUUCAGACGCUUCGGAUUGCAUAGAAGGUGACAGAGCAGGUUGUUAG